AUGGCGACAGGCGGGGCUGAGGCUCAGCCCGCCGUGUUUGACCGACACAGCAAACGCCUGCAACGAAACCGCGCUAGCGUUGACCCUGAGGUGGGCCAGUACGAGAUGCUGAAGCGCGAGGUGGCCUGGCGUGUGUGUGACCGCGUCUAUGACAUCAAGCGUUCUUUUCCCCGAGCGCUAGACCUGGGGGCCGGUCGGGGCUACAUUGGCGAGCACUUGGAUGACGAAGGCGCCGGCGAGCUCGUGCAGCUCGAGCUGUCCGAGGGAAUGCUGGCCCAUUCCUUGCCCGAGGGCCGGGAUCAACAUUUGCAAGUACACGCCGACGAGGAAUCGCUUCCCUUUGCAGAAAACAGUUUUGACUUGGUUGUGAGCUCGCUCUCGCUGCACUGGGUCAAUCUGCUUCCUCAGGCCUUGGGCCAGGUCCAUCGCGUGCUCAAGCCCGAUGCCCCCUUUGUGGGUGCCAUGUUUGGCGGUGACACCCUCUAUGAGCUGCGCAGCUCGCUGCAAAUGGCAGAAAUCGAGCGCCGUGGCGGAUUUGCUCCCCGCGUUUCACCUUUUACGGAAGUUCGGGAUGUGGGCAACCUGAUGCAGCAAGCCGGGUUCAACCUUCUGACCAUUGACGUCGAUGAAGUUGUCGUGGCGUUUCCUUCCAUGUACGAGCUACUGGAGGACUUGCGUGGCAUGGGCGAGAGCAAUGCGGGGCUUCGGCGGCAAGCCCAUCUGGGCCGUGAUACUAUGCAUGCUGCAGCUGCCAUUUAUCAAUCGGUCUACGGCAAUGAAGAUGGGACCAUCCCUGCAACUUUUCAAGUCAUUCAUAUGGUCGGCUGGAAGCCCGCACCCUCUCAGCCCAAAGCUGCUGCUCGCGGAAGUGCGACUGCAUCGUUGAGAGACCUUGGGGAGCAGUUCAAUCCGACCAGCAACCCCGUGGCUUGA